CAGGUGUCAGCAGAGCCCCGCCGCAGCGGGCCUGGGCUGGUUUCACUGCGCUCGCGGCUCGAUGCGCGGUGGCCAGAGGCCCGGGGCCCUGGAGCGACCGCAGUGACCCGAGCGGCGUCCCGGGGAGCUGGGCGAUGGCAGCAGCAGGCGGCAGGAAGACGCUGGUGGAAAUCUUCUAUGACGUGGUGUCUCCCUACUCCUGGCUCGGGUUCGAGGUGCUGUGCCGGUACCGGCACAACUGGAGCAUUGAGUUGCGUUUUCGUCCUGCUUUCCUUGGAGGCAUAAUAAAGGAGACUGGUAACCAGCCCCCAGCCAUGGUGCCCAAACGUGGGGAAUACAUGAUGAAGGAUAUAAAGAGGAUGGCAAAAUAUUACCAGGUCCCAUUGCAGAUCCCCAAGGAUUUUUUUGGGAGUGUUAUCAGAAAAGGCAGUCUUUCUGCCAUGCGCUUUAUCACAGCCGUGGAUAUGACACAGCCACAGUUCCUGGAGCCUGUGUCCAGAGAGCUCUGGAUGCGCAUCUGGUCCCGGGAUGAAGAUAUCACCCAAACAGAGAGCAUACUGGCAGCUGCUGGGGAGGCUGGGCUACCCUCAGCGCUGGCCCAGAAGCUACUGGCAAUGACCUCGACCCCUGAGGUGAAGAAUCGUCUGAAGGAGACAACAGAGGAGGCACUGAAAUAUGGGGCAUUUGGAAUGCCAGCAGUUGUGGCCCAUGUUAAUGGUGAAGCUCACCUCUUCUUUGGCUCUGAUCGUUUAGAGCUUCUGGGCAACGUUAUAGGAGAGAAAUGGCUGGGACCAGUUCCUGCAGCUUCCAAACCCAGGAUGUGAGAAAUUCAGCUGCAAUAUGAAACAAGAAGAAAAUAAGUGACUAAAAUUUGAAUGAAGCAGUAACGUCCAUGCCUGAGAAGUGGCACCUAGGGUCCUAAAGGGGCUGGGAGGAGAGCAGUGAUGUUCCCCUGGAAUCCAGUUCUACUCCAGUCCCCGUGAUAGACUAAGACUGAUUUUUUUUUUUCCACUUUUUUCACAAUACAGAUAAAUAUUUUUUUUUUCCACGCAGGAUGGGGACAUGAUGACACUUUGGUGAGGUGAAAUGUUAAUACAGGGUCAUGGGCAAUGGCAGAGCUCUGGCUGGCUGAUAAGGGUGAUUGAAAUCUUGUCUCACUUGUGGUCUGCAGUCUGGAAGCGCGCUGCUGAGAA